CUUCAGCCGGCGUCGCCAACGCACCCCUAACGACCAAAGAUGGACGAGGAGGAAGGUAGCUCGCUGUCGCUGAGCUCGAUCGGCGGGGGCGGCGGUGUGGCGAGCAAGGGUGGCAAGCGGGACAGGGGAUGCCUGAGCACGAACCCGCAGCUGAAGAGGGGCCGGCGGCUGCAGCUGCUGCAGAUGCUGGCGCUGCCGUUCGUGCCCAUUCUCGCGCUGAUCGUGCAGAACGCGCUAACCUUGCGGAACAUUGUCGUCAACAGACACGAAGUGGUCGACAUUGACCGACAGGUAACAGUUGCAACCGAGCUGGGCAAGCUGACGACCAGUUUGCAAUUCGAGCGAACCGAGAUUGCGUACAACAUCUACACGAAUGGCAGUUCACUGAGGGCAAACCUGACGCAGACUUUCCAGAAGACCCUGUGGGCCAUCGCCAACGUGACCACGUGGCCCAUCGCGGAGAAAGUGGACGGACUGGCGCCGGAAAACGCGGAUGUUCUCACCACUGCUGAACGAUUUACCGAAAUCCUCCUGGCUUUCAGGCUGAGGGUGACCAACACGACGGACGACGUGAACGUCACCGAGAUGGUCGGCUGGUACAACCUGGUGAAUGCGGCGCUGCUCGACCACUUCACAAACCAAAUCAAAGAGACGGACACGAGCGGCGUGUGGAGGUACCUGAUCGCGUUCAAGAACAUCCUGCGCAGCAUCGAGAACUUCGGCAUCUCGAUGGUGUACGGGCUCAACUUCUUCGGGCGAGGCGUGCUGCAGCCGCACAACUACCUGCAGUACGUGCGCCACGACGUGCUCGGCACCGACCUGCUCAACUCGUCGCUCAAAUUCGCCCUGCAGCUCGGCGAGGAGAUGACGCGCAGGCUCAACUCCAACUGGACCGAUGUGCACGAAAGACGGCAGCUGGUGCUGCAGAACGUGCGUCAAAGUCCAAGUAUCUUAGAGGCCACCACCUACUUCGAUCUCAUGGCCAACUACGUCACCGAACUGCGCACCUUCCAAAAAGAAGUCCGCAAGGAAAUAAGGUCAAGUAUCGACAAAAUCCUGGAAGAGGCGAAUUCGCGCGAGGCCGAGGGAAUGGCCAUUCUGGCGCUCGUGCUCGUCGUCUCGCCCAUCAUCAUCGUCCUUGUCUGCAAUGCAGUCGCCACCAUUCAGGUGUACGCGACCAAUUUAAUUAUCAAGGCUCAGGAGCUGAAGGCCGAGCAGCGCCGCAGCGACACCCUGCUCUUCCAAAUGCUGCCGCCCAGCGUCGCUCGACAGCUCAAACACGUCCAGGAGGUGCCGGCCGAAUUCUACUCGAACGUGACCGUCUACUUCAGCGACAUCGUCGGCUUCACGGAGAUUGCGGCCGAGAGCACGCCACUCGAGGUGGUGCGCUUCCUCAACUCCAUCUACAAGCUGUUCGACGCCAGAAUUGAGCACUACGACGUCUACAAGGUCGAGACCAUCGGAGAUUCCUACAUGGUCGCCUCCGGACUGCCCGAUGAAAACGGUCGGAAGCACGUGUCCGAGAUCGCGACGAUGGCGCUGGACCUGCUGGCCGGGUCGUCGGUGUUCGCGAUUCCGCGGCGGCCGGGCGAGCGUCUGCAGAUCCGCAGCGGCAUCCACACCGGCCCGGUGGUGGCCGGCAUCGUCGGCUCCAAGAUGCCGCGCUACUGCCUCUUCGGCGACACCGUCAACACCGCCAGCAGGAUGGAAACCACCGGCGAACCGCUGCGCAUCCACAUCAGCUCGGAAAUGAACGAAGCCCUGAACCAAGUGGGCGGCUUCGAGACCGAGCUGCGGGGUCUCGUCGAGGUCAAGGGGAAAGGCGUGCUGGAGACGUACUGGUUGGUGGGCAAGCAGGGCGGCAUCACUCGCGCCUCCGAGCUGGACACGCCGGGCUUCUUCGAGGACCUGCAGCCCAUCUUCAUCCGGCGCUUCAGGGCCUCUUUCAGCCACUGACAGGAAAACGGCCAGUGCUGCGAGAAGGCGACGCGAGAGUGCAGCACGGCCUCGCAGUGAACAAACGACAAUAAUCGAGUGGCGGACCAGAGGGAGCGAAAGAUCGGUGUGUUAAGUGUACGCGUGUACCACGUCAAUUUUCAACUAUUCCUACUAAUGCCGACGCAGCUAAGAGUAAUUUUGAUAAAAAAAAAUAUCUAAAAUAAUUAACACGAAGAAAGGCAACAAAUGUUCAAUUCUUGAAUCAAUUUUCUGUUAAAUUAAGAUUGUUUUAUUAUUUUUUCUAAAGACUAAAAAUUGAUUAUUUUGGUGAUAUAUGAACCCAUUUAAAUUAUAAAGCUAUCUUCUGCAAAAAAUGUAUUGAGUGCGGCGAGUAGCUAAUUGCUAUUGCUAAUUGUAGCUCUAGGACCUUUAAUUAAAAAAUAAUUUUGACAAAAUCUUUGAUCGCAGAUAUUCACCCUGGAGAAAACGUUGAAAAUAAAUCAGAGAUUAUCAAAUUAGUUUCUUUUCCACAAUGGGACCAAGAAUGGAGUAUUGUAUUAAUUUCUAAUUAUUGAUUUAGAGUCGUUAUAUAAAUUGUUCCAUGUUUGAUUGCAUAUUUUUUGGUAAUUGCUGGUGUGCAGCAGGUGGCGAAACUACUGACAUAAUUAUCUUUGUUUUAAGGUAAGAAAAUGAUCAAUUGUAAAUUAAAAAAAAACUUCUGUAAUAUCUUUUUAUCUAUUGCUGAUAUUUUAAACGAAAUGAACUUCAAUAAAUUAUCAUUUUAAAUUUUAAAACUAUAAAAAUGAUAAAAAUAAUUUUUAAUGGUUAAAAUCAAUAAAAGAUGCCAAUUUUGUAACAUUUUAAUUGGAAUUAAUGUGAUUUUGUGAUUAAAAAUCUAUUUAGUGUCAAAAGCUGGCCUUUAGUCAUUUAUUUCGGCGCUGGCGCCGCCAAAACAGCAAACUUGGAGUCACAUGUUCCCGUUCCUGAUCAGAUUUUCAAGCUUUUCAACUAAAUAUAUUUUGAUAAUCGUUGAAAAAUGUUGAAUUUGUACAGAGGCUUUUAGGCUUUCACAUAUUUUUCUUUUGAAAAAUGAACUAUGAGUCAAAUAUAACCCAAACAAAAUCGCUGGUCGUUUUUAAUUAUACUAAUUAAUGUCGAAUGUAAAAUAUUAUUGUUAAAUGUAAGAUAACUUAUUAAUAAAAAUCCGUGUCAUUAAAAUAAACCUAUCAAAUUCAUCUUCGCGUUGGUUUGUUUCUUAAAAUUAAAAACAUCUCUAUUGUUACGAAGCAGCCUCGUUAAUCAUGUUGUCGUCCUGUAAAUAGUUUCAAUAUUUGUAUACUCAAAUAUAGGUUUUUGAGAAGCUCGUUGGUUUUUCAUUCCAAAACUUUUCGACUGGAAUAAAAGGAGUUGCGUUUGAUUUCACAAUUAAUCAGCGAAAGAAUCUUUGUUGACUGAAUCCAA